AUGUCUUCGGCCGCCUCGCCUGCGUCGGCGGCUUCCAGCGACCGACCCUUUCGAUGCACCCAUCCCGGCUGCCACGCCGCCUUCCCCAAGGCGGCCAAGCUCGAUCGCCAUCUGCGCUCCCACAGCGAUGAACGCCCGUUUGUAUGCCAGCACCCGGGCUGCGAUGCCAGCUACAAGCGCAGCGAGCACCUCAAGGUCCACCAGCGCCGCCACCAGGACGACAGCCAGCGCAACUUCCGUUGCACCGAACCCGGCUGCGACAUGGCCUUUUGGACCUCGAGCCAUCUCAAGAACCACGUCCAGGCCGUCCACCGCGACGAGACGGUCAGGAUCGGCACCAGGACCUUCCGUCUGCCUGCAGCCGAAGCUGCCUCACCGCAGUCGGCCGCCUCGCCCGACACGGCAUCCCUCGACGGGCUCACGGAGUACCGCUGCACCGAGCCCGGCUGCACAGAGACGUUCCACAAGCGCAAGGUUCUUCGUGCGCAUAUCCGUCAGGCUCACAGCGACAUGGCCCUGGCCGAUGCCUUGACCUCCGGGGGCGGCCAAGGGCCCGCGGACGAGGACCUGGCGCAGAUGACCCUCCUACCCUUCCCUUGCUCUCAUCCGGGCUGCUCGAUGCGUUUCGCGACCAAUGCCAAGCGGCGCUCGCACUUCAAGACGCAUGAGCAGGGGCGCUACACGUGCUACAUGGCACACGCCAAGCCCCAGGACGAGAGCAGUCAGGGGUCCCAUGGUCCGAGCGCCCAAAGAUCGGCGAGCAGCGAUGGCAGCCACGGCAAUGUCUACGUGUUCCCCAACUGGUCAGCGCUGCAGGAACACAUGAGGCAGUUCCAUCCCCCGACAUGCCCAUGGCCCGGCUGCGGCAAGUCGUUCGUCCGCCAGGACAACCUCCGUGCGCACUACUCGAGGCACGAAAAGAGGAUGGCCAACCUCGAAGCCGAGGUCCAGCUGCAGAACUCUCCGCUGGGUGGCUCCUCCACCGCACUCCUCAGCGACGAUGACGAUGGUCUCGACGACGACGAAGACAACAGCAGCUCCGAGAGCGAUGGGGACGAGUGGCGACCUCUGGAUGGCGAAGGGCGUUCCUCGAGCCGGUCGCUGCUGCCGGCAUCGACUGAGACCCACGAUCUGGAAGCCCUUGCCUCGGAUCUUAGCAGGAAACGGCCUCGAAGGUCGUCGUCGCGCCUAUCGACGCCGGAGUCGUGCCGCUCUGCUAGAUCCGCCUCGAUCGGAUCGCGGCAGGACGCCAGAGGUGGUGCCAUCUCGCCUGCGGCCGAUGGACGCGCGACGUUCGCCUGCAGCUGGAACGGCUGUGGCCGGACCUACACCCGCAAAUCUGGACUCUCGAUCCACAUCCGCACACAGCAUCUCGGGGAGCGCCCGUUCGAAUGCCCCGGAUGCCGCAAGAAGUUUGCGCACAAGCAUCUCGUCGCGAGGCACCGUCGAGUCUGCUCCUCGAUGGGGCCCCUGGCCGCCCUCCGAGGUGCGCAGCUGGACAGACACCAGGGCGGUCUCGGCGGCGUGCCGCGGGAUCCGCCGCAGGACGAAGUCUCGCGCCCAGGCAGCGCAUCUGCCGAGGAGCAGUCGCGGCCUGCAGCCUCUGGAGAAGAGCCCUCCACCGAUGUCGAGGAUAGUGAGUACGGCGAAGAUGACGUCCAAACCGGCGCCGACGCUGGCAAUGCCGGCGCCGACGCUGGCAAUGCCAACGACGACGACGAAGUCGACGACGACUACUUCCGACGUGAGGGCGGAGCGGUGCCCGAAGCAGACGCAGAGAGGGACCAUUCGCGCGACUCGCACCAGCACCCGCAGCGCUCCGACAGCGCGCUCAAGUCCCGACUGCUGGACCUGCUGACGGGCAGCGGAUACCUGGAUCAGAGCCACGCAACUGCCUCGAGCGUCGACGCAUACGGCUCCAGCGGUUCGGUAGCCUCGGGGGAGAGGCAGGGCAAGCGCCGAAGGGCCACUCGCAACCGCAUCUUCCCGUGCCCAUGGCAGUCGAUCGUCGAGGCUCUUCAGGCCGACGACCGAGACGAAUCCACAGACGACGCCGAACGAGACCCUCAGUCGGACACGACAGUGACGGCGGCAGAGGCGGCGGCGACUGAGGCCGACCUGGACAUGCCAGCCUGCUCUCACCGUUUCGGACGAAUCUACGACCUUCGCAGGCACCUCAAGGCGAGCCACGGGCUGGAGCUGGAGGACCGCGAGAUCCGGGGAUGGCUGCACAAGCUGCAGAUCGAGCGCCGGCAGCAAGGGCCCGAGGCACAGGGCGGCUCGGGCCAGCUGUCACCUCCAUAG